AUGGAUUCUUCCGAAAGUACUCUCAACGCGAUGGAUGCAGAGAAGCAGUUUGCGUCAGCUGAUGGAACGCCGAUGUCAAUAUCCUCUGAUGGUGGUCACAACAUGGAGCAAUGGAGACAAAUGCCAGAAGUCAAAGCCAUAAAAGGCGAAGAUGGUCGAGGAAAUGGCCCCGACAAGAUGAGAAAACUCGGAUUAACCUGGAAUAACCUGACUGUGAAGGGUGUUGCAGCUGACGCCAGUUUCAACGAGAGUAUCGUAUCACAAUUCUUACCAGAGAGACUGAAGAGUACCAACGGAGGAAUUAAGGCAUCUUUGAGAACCAUCGUUGACCGAACUCAUGGCUGUGUGAAGCCAGGAGAGAUGCUUUUAGUUCUUGGUCGACCAGGCGCGGGUUGCACAUCGCUCUUGAAAGUUCUGGCAAAUCGACGACACGGCUUUUCGGAAAUCGAUGGGGACGUCAAAUUUGGUUCCUUGGACCACAAAGAGGCAGCGAAAUAUCGGGGCCAAAUCGUGAUGAAUACGGAAGAGGAAAUCUUCUACCCUACCCUUACCGUUGGCCAAACAAUCGAUUUCGUAACCCGAAUGAAAAUGCCCCGGAACACCGUUCAAGGCUAUAAUAACUCGGAAGAAGCACGAGUAGCCAGCAGAGACUUUCUUCUGAACUUGUUAGGCAUUUCCCACACCUCCGACACAAAGGUUGGAAAUGAGUAUGUUCGUGGUGUUUCUGGUGGUGAACGCAAACGAGUAUCUAUUAUCGAAGCGAUGGCGACUCGUGGUAGCAUCUAUUGCUGGGAUAAUCCAACCCGAGGUCUCGACGCAAGUACAGCACUUCAGUACAUCAAGAGUAUCCGAGCUAUGACAGAUAUCUUUGGCUUAGCAUCAGUAGUUACGAUCUACCAAGCUGGCAAUGGUAUCUACGAGCUAUUUGACAAAGUUUUGGUUCUAGAUGAGGGUUCUGAGAUUUUCUACGGGCCACUCAAACAAGCCAGGCCUUUCAUGGAAGACCUAGGCUUCGUCUGUGAUGAUGGUGCUAAUGUGGCCGAUUUUCUGACGGGUGUCACGGUCCCGACGGAACGAAAAAUUCGCCCAGGCUACGAGAUGUCAUUUCCGAGGACGGCAGAAGCAAUUAAAAAUCAGUACCUCCAAUCGAGCAUAAAAUCGGAAAUGGAAGCCGAGUAUGGUUACGCCUCAACACAAGCAGCCAAGGACAAUACCCAAGAAUUUGCACUCGCGGUUCGGGACGAGAAGCACUCUAGCAAAUUCAUGAAGAACCAACCUUAUGUGGUUAACUUCAGUACGCAAUUGAAAACGGCCACCCAGCGUCAAUAUUCCAUCAUUCGCGGAGAUAUGUCCACGCUCAUCAUCAAACAAGCUUCGAACAUUGUCCAGGCAUUGACUUCAGGCUCUUUGUUUUACAUGGCACCCGAUAACUCGCUUGGCUUGUUCAUCAAAUCAGGAGCCCUAUUCGUUUCUCUUCUAUUCAACUCUCUGUUAGCGCAGUCUGAGGUGACAGACUCUUUCGCUGGUCGUCCGAUUCUCGCAAAACAUAAGAGCUUUGCACUUCACCAUCCGGCAGCAUUCUGUCUUGCUCAGAUCAUUACCGAUAUACCUAUCCUCAUCUUCCAGAUCUCAGCAUUCUCGUUAAUUCUCUAUUUCAUGGUCGACCUCACGAGAACCGCUGACGCCUUCUUCACCUUCUGGUUUAUAGUAUUCUCGACUGCAAUGUGUGUGACGGCUCUAUUUAGAGCAAUCGGUGCCGCCUUUCCAACUUUUGAUGCGGCUAGCAAAGUCUCCGGGCUUCUAGUUAGCACCUUUCUUUUGUAUAGCGGAUACAUGAUUCCGAAGACGGAGAUGCAUCCGUGGUUUGUUUGGAUUUACUGGAUCGAUCCGAUCGUAUAUGCUUUUGACGCGCUUCUUUCCAAUGAGAUGAACAAUAAGGUAUUGCCUUGCGUCGGGCCUAAUCUGGUCCCCAACGGGCCAGGAUAUGCAUCGGCUGUGAACCAAGCUUGCACAGGAGUUCGUGGCGCUCUACCAGGAGCCACGAGCGUUACUGGUACACAAUACCUGAGCAGUCUGAGUUAUAGCCAUUCUAAUAUGUGGAGAAAUGUUGGCAUUUUAUGGGUGUGGUGGCUUUUCUAUGUCACUCUGACCAUCGUCUUCACCUCGAGAUGGAAGGAGGAUGCUUCUCAAAGUGGGUUGUUGCUUGUACCUCGGGCGAUCUCAAAGAAAUCAAGCCCCAAGAUUCCUCUUGACGAGGAAGCUCAAGCCUCAGAGAAGCAGAUCGUUUCAAGCGGAUCUUCUUCCGAUCAGUCACAAGACCAAGAUCAUCAACUCAUUCGAAACACGUCUAUCUUCACAUGGAAGAACUUGACUUAUACCGUCAAAACGCCAAGUGGACCACGUGUAUUACUCAACAAUGUUCAUGGCUGGAUUAAGCCAGGUAUGCUGGGAGCUUUGAUGGGCAGCUCUGGAGCAGGAAAGACAACUUUGUUGGAUGUACUAGCUCAACGUAAGACUGAUGGCACGAUCAAAGGCUCUGUUCUGGUGGAUGGCCGUCCCCUCUCUGUGAGUUUCCAACGCUCAGCAGGCUAUUGUGAGCAGCUCGACAUCCAUGAACCGUUAGCAACCGUCAGAGAAGCUUUAGAGUUUUCUGCACUACUACGUCAACCGCGCACAACCCCCAGAGAAGAAAAGCUGAAAUAUGUCGACACGAUCAUUAAAUUACUUGAAAUGCAAGAUAUCGAGAACUGUCUCAUCGGCACAUCAAGCGGCGCAGGCCUUUCCGUAGAGCAAAGAAAACGUCUCACUAUCGGAGUCGAGUUGGUCUCGAAACCAACUAUCCUACUGUUUUUAGACGAACCUACAUCUGGACUCGACGGCCAAGCAGCAUUCAAUAUCAUCCGCUUCCUCAAGAAACUCGCCAGCGCCGGACAAGCAAUUUUGGUCACGAUUCAUCAGCCAAGUGCUCAGCUGUUCUCACAAUUUGACACCUUGUUACUCCUUGCCAAAGGCGGAAAUACUGUUUACUUCGGUGAUAUCGGAGACGGUGCUUCUACAGUCAAAGACUAUUUCGAGCGUAAUGGCGCACCAUGUCCGCCAAAUGCUAAUCCAGCAGAACAUAUGAUCGAUGUAGUCACCGGCGAAGGCAAAGACUGGAACAAAGUCUGGCUAGAAUCGAAGGAACACAAUAGCAUGAUAACCGAACUAGACCAUAUCAUAGACGAAGCGUCUUCUGCACCGCCAAAGACCGGCGACGACGGGUUCGAAUUCGCCAUGCCACUCUGGGAUCAGGUCAAAAUCGUCACACAUCGUAUGAACAUCUCAAUAUGGCGUAACACCGAAUACGUCAACAACAAAUUCGCCCUCCACAUCCUCAUCGGUCUUAUCGUCGGUUUUUCAUUCUGGAAACUAGGAAAUAGCGUUGGAGAACUCCAACUCCGACUAUUCGCAAUGUUUAAUUUCAUUUUCGUCGCUCCCGGAGUGAUUUCUCAACUGCAACCUCUCUUCAUCGAAAAACGCGACAUCUACGAAGCGCGUGAGAAGAAAGCCAAAAUGUACAGCUGGGUAGCGUUUGUCACCGGUCUAAUCGUCGCAGAAUUACCAUACUUAGUCAUCUGCGCGGUGUUGUAUUUCUUCUGUUUCUACUAUACCGCCGGACUCCCCACGGAAUCCAGUAAAGCAGGACCAAUAUUCCUCAUCAUGUUGCUCUACGAGUUCAUCUACACGGGCAUCGGCCAGUUUAUCGCCGCAUACGCGCACAAUGCCGUAGCAGCUUCACUCGUGAACCCGCUUGUGAUAUUUACGCUAGUUGGGUUUUGCGGUGCGAUUGUCCCGUAUUCGCAGAUGGUUGAUUUCUGGAAAUACUGGCUCUAUUACCUCAAUCCCUUCCAAUACCUAAUGGGCUCCCUACUAGUCUUCUCUACCCACGACAUCCAAAUCGAAUGUCGGCCCAGCGAAUUCGCCAUCUUCGACCCCCUCCCGGGCCAAACCUGCGCGCAAUACCUCGCCAACUAUCUAAGCGGCAUGGGGUCCGGCACGAACCUCACGAACCCGGACGCGACGGCCGGGUGUCAGGUCUGUCAGUAUAAGUCUGGACAGGAUUACCUGCGCACGCUUAACUUGCCGGAAUACUAUUAUGGCUGGAGGGAUACGGGGAUUGUGGCUAUUUUUGUGUUUUCGAGUUAUGGGUGCGUGUAUUUGUUGAUGAAGUUGAGGACGAAGAAGACGAAGACGGCAGAGUAA